GAUAUCUCGUCGUGGACUCUACGAUCGUGCAUUGGAGGGUCGAGCGAGUCCACGCGAAGGCAGCGGGGAUCGGCGAUCUUUGCAGUCGGCGAAUAAUCGAUUGAAAGUCAAUCAAUAGCGUGAUCAGCCUGUCAUCUUCAGAAGAUCCUCGAGCAAAUAUUCCAGUUCUAAAAUAAGAUCCGGACCCAGUGAUCGAGAUGAAGCGACUCUCCUGGAUCUUUCUCCAGCUUCUUCUCCUCACCUCGAUCUUCCCUUCGAGCCUGUCAGCCUCGACGAGGUCACGGGGAAAGAAGAAAGUGCCGAAGAAGGCGAGGGAGGUGAACAUCUGCAUGAUCGAGAACACGCAGGCUCCUAUCUACUGCACGUGCAACAGCGACGCCAUCAGCAAUGCCACCGAUGCUACCUGCGUGGUGCUUAGUCCUUUUAGCGCCAACGAUCCCACGUGGAACUAUUUCAGCUCGCAGAACCACCUGCAGAAGCUGCAGUUCGUGGUCCGAACGCCAAACGGAUUGGAAUACGUGCCCGUGGAGCUGCUGAGGCAGCUGAAGAACCUGCAGAAGAUCGGCUUCCAGUACACGAGUAUCAACGAGCUGCCGGAAUUCGUGUUCUCCAAUCUGUCUACCAUUACGGAGAUCAAUCUCAGCAAGAACUCUAUAUCCAUACUCAGGAUGCACGCGUUUGAGAAUAUGAAGAAUCUGUCGGUGAUCUAUCUGAACGAGAACCGGAUCACCGAGAUUAACAGGGACACGUUCGUCAACCUGCCAUCGCUGAAGACGCUCUACCUGAACGACAACAACAUCAGCACGCUGCACGACAAGGCGUUCAAGCACCUGACCUCGUUGGAGAAGCUCGAGCUGUUCAACAAUCAGAUCAAAGUCAUCACCGCCGACAGCUUCCACGGCCUGAGGAGUUUGAUCAGGCUGGACCUGCGCAACAACUUGAUCGCGAUGAUAGGUGACCGGACAUUCAUCGAGAUGCCGUCGUUGAGGCAACUGGAGCUGGAUCAGAACGAGAUCGUGUACAUCUCGGAAAAAGCUUUGGACGGAAUGAGGAAUCUGAAGGAGCUGAGUCUCAGUGAGAACAAGCUGGUCACCCUGGAACCGGAUUUCCUCGCUGGCGCACCCGGAUUGUAUCUGCUGGACCUCAGGGACAAUCUGCUGAAGACCAUGACAUUCGAUAACAUCAAGCCCAUCGUGACGAACCUGUACAACAGCACCAGCCACUUCUAUCUCAGCGAGGAAUGA